ACCUCCAUUUCAGAACACACUGCCGAAUAGCUAUAGGGCUAGCGGUAGCCUGUAUCCCCUUUUUUGCACGAGUGGAGAAGAAAAAUAGGUCAUUUAGUUACGUGCGCGCAUUUGCUUUCUUGCAUGGCAUGGAUCUUAUGGCAUCCCUGAGACAUGCCUUCAAGGAACGCCAACAGUUUGACAGUUUCUUCAGGGCCAGUCCUGGCGAGACGAAUCCUUGACUCCACUAAUGUAAUUUUUGGUCCUGCGAUGCAAAAGCUGACUCCGCGACAGACACGCCACGGAGGAGCUUCGCCGCGCUGCCGUUGCCGCCCCCGGCUGUGCUUGUUCGCCCCCUGCGUCAGCCGCCCCCGCCGCGCGCGCCCCCGCGCGGCCCGCCCACGGCAGCACUCGGCCCCGCGCUGCCCGCCAACGGCCGGCCCCAGCUGCGCGCGUCGCCCGUCCACGGCCGCCCCCGACCGCGCACGCCCCGGCCGCGCGCGCCUCGCGCCGGCCUCGCCUGGCCGCGCCCGUGGUCGUGCUGGGCGCGCCUGGCUGCCCGCAUCAACGAGAUGUAGGCCUUUUUGGCGAACAGGUCGAGGUUGGCGAGCACCUGCACCGCCUCGAGCAAGACACCCCCUCGCGCUCGGUCGCGCCCUCGUCGGCCCCUCGUCAGCCUCGCGCCCGUCCACGUCCUCGCCCUCCCGCACCGGCCAGUGGCUGCCAUGCUCGGCCUCGCCCUCGCCGGCCUCGUCACAUGUCAAAGUUGUGGAGUUGAUGUGUAGUUUGGGGCUGAUUUGGCUUUGUUAGCUGCUAAAGUAGAGGUUAUUAAAGGAUUAGUAGAUACGAGACUCGCUAAUACAGAGCAACCAAACAUAUGUAAGUUGUAUUUGCUGAGAUCUAAACAUAUGUAAGUUGUAUUUGCUUA